AUGAAACCAUCACCACCAAAAUCUGAACCCAAUCUACCCGAACCCAAGUCUUUGACAAACUCGUCCGUCAGUCGACCAAUUCCGACUAUGUCUUCUAAACCCGACCAAGAAACCUGGACUCAUCCAGCUCUCAAAACCACCACAAUCGAGCGGCUCAAGCCCCCCGGACCAGGCUCCAACUACAACGAGUGGACCUGGUUUAUGCGGGCCCAUCUCAACACCACUGAUGUCAUGUACGUUAUCAACGAUGAUAUUGCGAAGGCUAGAGCAAAUCCAAACUGGGCUCGCGACAACAAAGCCGCUUUCGGAGCUAUCUCCAGCACGAUCCACGCAGUGCAUGUCCGAAAGGUUCGCCACAUCACCACGGAUGCUCGUGCUCUCUGGACAGCCCUCAAGGAGGCCCAUCAGGACUCAUCUGCUGGGGGCGUUACCUAUUUUCUUCGCAAACUCACAACCGCCCGAAUGACGGGCGAUGACCUGACCGCUCACCUGGACAAGAUGGCCAAAACGUUCGAGAGCCUCUCAGCUCUCAUCACCGCUGAUGCCCCGCUCACACUGGACGACAUCUACUCGUCGUCGAUUCUCACCUCUCUGCCAUCCAACUGGCUAAAGACCAGGAACGAAGAUAAAGCUCUCGUGGAGUCCGUCGCGAAGGCCUCACUCUCUCGCCAGGCCCCGCCCCGAUCCUCUAGACCACCAGCCAAUCACUCUCUUUUCUGCUCUUUCUGUAAGAGAUCCGGCCACAAUCUCGAAAUCUGCGAGAACGCCGCAAGGGUACUUGCGGAACAUGACCGUCGAAACUCCUCUUCCCGCCGCUCUGAAGCCGGGGGUCGCACAGGCAAAUCGUCAGGAAAUCAUUUCCGUCAAAAACCUCCUGCAAAAGCAGGCCAAACAACCGUUGUGGACCUCGGUGGUGACGGAGAUGAAGAUGACUCCGAUUACUCAGGCUCUGACGUCGACAGCUCAGCCCAUCCCUCAGCUAAAGCAGGUAACGCUGUAGCUCUUGUUGACCACGCUGCGAAUUCUGCCGCAGUCUCUCGCAAGGAUGCAAAUCUUGACUCCAGGUGCUCAAAUUGUAUGACCCCUUACCAAAGCGAUAUCAGAGACACCAAACCCGACUCCACCUCAAUUCGCCUGGCCGACAACUCAACCGUCAAGGCAUCCCACCGUGGCACCACGGAUCUUCCCCUUGACACCUCUGUCUCCGUACCAACUCUAGUGGUCCCCAAUCUACACAAACCGUUACUCUCAAUCGCGGCGAUAAAAGGUAGCCUCUACUACCUGCCGUCCAACGAGGUAAAGUCACUCUCUACCUCUUCCCACAAACUGUCAUCCAUUGACAGUUCCCUGCUUGGCUUCCACCAUUGUCUCUUGCACAUAGGCCUCAAGCCUUUAAAACGCCUUCUGAAACUACUGGGUAUCAAACCGUCCAUCAUGAACGAAGUGGAUGUCCAACGAUGCACGGUAUGUGUGCAGUCAAAAAUGCACCAAAAACCUUUCAAAUCUCGAUCACCUUAUUGUUCCGACAAGCCCGGCAAACUCAUCCAUUUGGACGUUGGGUCGUUUGAAGUGCAAUCCAGAGAAGGGUACAAGUAUUUUGUUACCUUCAUCGACGACUUCUCCAAAUGUGUUUCUUUCUUUCCCAUGAAAUCCAAGUCAAAUGUUUUUUCCUGUUUCAAACUCUUUCGUGCCCACUUUGAGAGGGAAAACUCCAUCAAGAUUCUGGCUCUGCGAUCCGACAACAGUGGAGAGUACAUGUCAACCGAAUUUUCUUCCUACCUUGCUCACUCCGGCAUCACCCACGAACCCGGUCCUCCCCACUCUCCAGAGCUGAAUGGGGUGGCGGAGAGAACAAAUCGGACUCUGGGAAAUCUGAUCCGAUGUUCGCUUGCAUCCUCCGGUCUCCCAAAAAGCUUCUGGGCCGAUGCAUUGAGACACAUCUCUUUCACCAUCAACUCCGUCCCGUGUCACACUCCAGCUGGAUUCAGGGCACCUAAUGAAAUUCUAGGAUUACCACUGAUAAACCCCUCGUCCUUGCACCCCUUCGGCUGCCUAGUCUGGUACAAAGUACCAGAGGCAAACAGAGCAAAACUCAACAAUAAAGGUCGCUCCGCCCUACUCCUUUCCUACCUUGGUGAUGGUAACGGCUAUAGGAUAUGGGACCUGGAAAAACGGUCCGUAAUAAAAUCUUGUGAUGUUCUUUUCGACAACGUUUCCUUUCCAUACGGCUCCCCGCUAAAACACGAACCAUCUCCAGUUCUUGUUGAGCUCCCCUGGCCUAAUCAAUCAGCUUCAUCCAACCCGCCAGUGAAGCAGACCACACAGUCGUCACAGGCUCCAACACCUUCCUUCUUCAACCCUCCACCUCUGGACAUUCCUCUCAAACCUAAGUUUGAUCGUCGGCUUACAGCCUCUAUCCACGCACCAAAGAGUCGGUCACCGUCCCCCCCUCCAUUAUCCGCUCCUCCUCCCUCUCCAGUAUCCCCCAAAUCAACCUCUCCCUCCCGUCCUUUUCCUCCCUCCUCCUCUCCCCUGCCUCCUCCUCCAAAAUCAACCUCUCCCUCCCCUCCUUCUCCUCCCUUGUCCUCUCUCCUUCCUCCUCCUCCACUCUCCCUUCCCCCCUCUCCUCCUACUUCGUCUCUAACGCCGCCUCAAUCGGUCCCCAAUGCUGUCUCGUCCGAAGUUCCCGCCCCGACGCCCUCCCCAUUGCCGCCGCCGACCCGACGCUCCGGCAGGCAACGCCGCGCCCCCGAUUGCUACGGAAACUGGGCCAAAUCAGCAGCCAUCCCAGACAACGAUAUAGACACACCCAGAACUUGGAAGCAACUGCUUUGCUCGCCUCACAAGAACCGCUGGCUCAAAUCUGCCAACGAUGAAUUUCUGUCCCUCCUCGGUAUGGACACCUGGCGUCUUGUUCCUCGACCUACAAAACGCAAAAUCAUCAAAUCAAAGUGGGUUUUCAAAAUCAAACGGUGUCCGGACAAAUCUAUUCAGAAACUCAAGGCAAGGCUCGUUGCCAUGGGAUACUCACAAGUUCAAGGGGUAGACUACGAGGAGGUAUUCGCGCCUACUCUGCGGUUGGAAACCUUGCGACUUAUCUUGAGUUUACUGGCCAUCAAGAAGUGGAAAGGGAGACAAGUUGACUUCAAGACGGCUUUUCUGAACGGUCGUCUACAGGAGCCCAUCUACAUGGAGCAACCCCCAGGUUUUGAGGACUCUCAGCAUCCGGACUGGGUCUGCGAAGUCCAUCGGUCCAUCUACGGUCCCAAGCAAUCUCCUCGAGAGUGGAAUCGCGAGCUACACGAUGGACUUGUUCAAGCUGGCCUCCAACAGUCAAAGUACGAUCCCACCCUAUACUUCACAAUCGAGAACGGCGCGCUAGCUGGCGCAGUAACUGUUCAUGUGGAUGACCUGGCGAUAGUAGGAGAACCAUCAUUUGUCGAUCCUCUGAUUGAUUCGCUUGGCAAGCGUUUCAAAAUUGGGGCAAAUGAAGAACUUCAUCACUUUUUGUCCAUGAAGAUUGACCGCGACGCCAAAAAUUGCCUGCUAUACAUCUCCCAGUCCCACUACAUCUCCGACUUGCAGAAGCGUUUCCUUUCAGGUCCCUCUGUUUUGGUGCGCACUCCGACUGACUCGCUCUUCAAGGAUUUAGUUCCUCGGAAAGAAGGGGAGCUGGCAUCCUCAGGACCCUACCCACAGCUAAUUGGCGCCCUCCUCUGGGCAUCUCAGUGUACCCGUCCAGACGUGGCCUUUGCCGUGAAUCGUCUAUCUCAAUUUCUGCGGGACCCAUCUGACUCUCAUUGGCGUGCGGCUCUGCGGGUUCUUCACUAUCUAGUAUCGACCAAGCACCUUCGACUGCGCUUGGGAGGUUCCCUGACCUGCGCGGGUUUCUCGGAUUCGGACUGGGCGGAAGACAGACAUGACAGACGUUCAACGUCUGCCUACACCUAUCGUCUGGGGGACGGAGCGAUCUCUUGGAAAUCUCGAAAACAGGCUACAGUUUCCCUCUCAAGCACUGAGGCAGAAUACAAAGCCCUAUUGGACUCGUGCAAGGAGGGCCUGUGGCUCCGUUACGUGCUGACCGAACUCAAACUUCGACCUCAAACGGCCAUUCCGCUGCAUGUGGACAAUGCGGGAGCCGAGAUUCUUGCCAAAAACCCGGAACACCAUUCGCGCACCAAACACAUCGACGCGCGUUACCACUUCUCACGUGAAUGCGUUCAACAAGGAAAAAUUUCGGUUAUGCAUGUCUCCACAAAGGACAUGCUUGCCGACAUGCUCACCAAGCCCCUCGGCAGAGUUCUCCUGGAAAAUCAUCGAGCGCGGUUUGGGGUAGUCUGA